AGUUCGUUUUUGUCAUUGAUAAAGAAAAAAAUAAUUUUGCAAGUUAAGCAGGCGCCACCGCCACCAGCAGCAGCAGCACCCCGCGAUAAGGUUUUUCUACUUUUAUACAACACACAAGACAACAGCCAGCAGAGUGCCAAGAUGACCGAACUGCGCAACGAAAUGGACAGCGACCUGGACCAGAACUACUCGCUCAACAGCAAUGCUGCGAUGGACCCCAAGAAUAUGCAGGAGCUGACCAUAUACGUACAAAAUCUGUUGCAGAACGUGCAGGACAAGUUCCAGACCAUGUCUGAUCAGAUAAUCACACGUAUCGAUGACAUGGGCAACCGCAUCGAUGAUCUGGAGAAGAGCAUCGCGGACCUGAUGAACCAGGCUGGGAUCGAGGGCCAGAUACCGGAGAAAUGAGACGACCAAAGCUAGGCGUGGCCACGGCCACCCGCCCCUUCACCAGCCACGCCCUAAUCAAAUACAUCGAACACCAUUGUCGCCACAAACCAAGCACUCAAAUCAAAUUUACAAUUCCAGACUCUCACAUUCAUUUAAUCCCCCACUGCACCCAUCCCAUCCACACACACAAUUGCUCUCAAAGAUUUGCUCAUUCAAAUUUAUUGCAUAGUUUUAAGUUCGCUCCGCCAGGAAGAUCAUAAUUUAAGUAAAGUAAUUGUAGACUUUGCGAGCAACGGGCAUUUUCAGAGCUAUUGCCAUUUAGUUUCUAUUUUAAAUUAUACAUUAUUAAAAUUCACGAAUUGUAA